AUGUGGGGAUGCAUGUGGAGCUCCGGACGCGGCUCCGGGAGCAGAUCCGGCGGCGGCAGCGACCCCGAGCGCGAGCGGCGCGUCCGGUCGGACGACGCGAGAAAGCGCGGGGCGGGGAAGUGGACCAACCGCGGCCUCUCGCCGCCGCCGUGCUUCCACGUCCGCGAGACGGACAACUAUGACCGUCGGCAUGGUCGUACCCCGUCCUCUGCCGCGGGCUCGUCCUCCGCAGCGAGAUCUUCCUACGCCGGGAGAUCCUCCUCUUCCGGCGCGGGCCUUCUCCCCGUGAAGAGGGAGUGGUCGAAGGAGCCUGAGGACUUCGAGUUCGUCCUCAUCAAGGAGGAGCCCGAGGAGCUUGGCCGCCGCGAAGUCGUCGGGCCAGAGGACUUCGUCGCCGAUGUCGACGUGGUUGCGGCCGCCAUUGCCGAGCGGAGCGUGCGCGAGGAGGCGGAGCGCCGACGCCACCACGAGGAGCUCGAAUACCUCCAGUUUUGGCAGGCGGUCGCGAGCAACCUCGCCGCCAGGGAGAAGGAUGACGAGUGGUGGCGCAUCGGCGAGCAGCAGAGGGCGAAGGGCCUCGACAAGGGCUUCGGCUUCAACAAGGGCUUCGCCGCCAAGUACGACCUCGGGGACGAGGUCGGCAGGGGCCACUUCGGAUACACCUGCGCCGCCAGGAUCAGGAAGGGCGCGCGCAAGGGCGACGCCGUCGCCGUCAAGGUCAUCCCCAAGGCCAAGAGAAAGAUGACAACAUCCAUUGCUAUAGAGGAUGUCCGCAGGGAGGUGAAAAUUUUGAAGGCUUUGGCAGGACACAAGAACUUGGUUCAGUUUUAUGAUGCAUAUGAGGACAACGAAAAUGUCUACAUAGUCAUGGAGUUGUGUGAGGGCGGGGAGCUUCUGGAUAGAAUACUUUCCAGUAGAGGUGGAAAGUACUCCGAGGAUGAUGCAAAGUCUGUCCUGGUGCAAAUAUUGAAUGUUGUCGCUUUUUGCCACAUUCAGGGAGUGGUUCAUAGGGAUCUCAAACCAGAGAAUUUUCUUUUUACUUCGAAAGAUGAGAACUCUCAACUUAAGACAAUUGACUUUGGAUUAUCAGAUUUUGUAAAACCAGAUGAGAGACUAAAUGAUAUCGUUGGAAGUGCUUAUUAUGUUGCUCCGGAAGUUCUGCAUAGAUGCUAUAGCACAGAAGCGGAUGUCUGGAGUAUCGGUGUCAUUGCAUAUAUCCUCCUUUGUGGCAGCCGCCCUUUUUGGGCACGCACUGAAUCUGGCAUAUUUCGUUCUGUUCUCAAAGCUGACCCCAGUUAUAAUGAGGCACCUUGGCCUUCUCUGACUCCAGAAGCAAUGGACUUCGUUAAGCGCUUGCUAUGCAAGGAUCCACGUAGAAGGAUGACUGCAGCACAAGCUUUAGGUCAUCCAUGGAUUAGAAAUUACAAUGACAUUAAGAUGCCAUUGGACGUCCUUAUAUUUCGUCUUAUCAAAGCUUAUAUUCGUUCUUCAUCGUUACGUAAAGCUGCUCUGAAGGCUUUGUCGAAGACUUUGACUGUUGAUGAGCUUUUUUAUCUCAAAGGGCAGUUCUCCUUAUUAGAGCCUGAUAGAAAUGGAUGUAUCACGCUAGAUAAUAUCAGAAUGGCCUUAACAAGAGAAGCCACUGAUGCGAUGAAAGAAACACGAGUUCAGGAGAUUCUUGUCUCGCUGAGCGCUCUUCAGUACAGAAGAAUGGACUUCCACGAGUUCUGUGCAGCUGCAGUAAGUGUUCACCAGCUUGAAGCAUUAGACAGAUGGGAGCAACAUGCGAGAUCCGCUUAUGAAAUUUUCGAGAAGGAUGGCAAUCGAGCCAUUGUAAUCGACGAGCUAGCUUCAGAACUGGGUCUCAGCCCUUCCGUGCCGCUGCAUGUCGUUCUACAGGACUGGAUCCGGCACACCGAUGGGAAGCUCAGCUUCCUCGGGUUUGUCAAGUUGCUGCAUGGCAUGUCCAGCAGGUCCCUGUCAAAGAUGAGAUAG